CUAGAGCUUUAAAUCGAUUUUAAGAGCUCUAAAUCGAUUUAAAGCUGUAACCGUCCACACUACAGAGUGCAUAAAAUCGAUUUUAAGGGUCCCUAAAAUCGAUUUUGGAACUCCAUCAAAACGAGAGGAGUAACCCCAAAAUCGAUUUUUUAAAAUCGAUUUUAUGAUAGUGUGGACGGCCAUCGAAGUUAAUGGCCUCCGGGAUGUAUCCCACAGUGCUCUAGUGGCCGCUCUACACAGGUAAAGGUACUCUUCUGCUGGCCAGGUAAACAGGAAAAGCCCCGGGAAGUUUGAAAUUCCAUUUCCUGCUUGCACAGCAUGGAGCUCUCAGAAGCAGAGAGAAGAAUGCAGUCUCCUGAAAAUAGGAAAAGAGCUCCAGCAUGGAGCACACAGGAGUUACUCGAUCUGAUAGCUGUAUGGGGAGAAGAGUCAGUGCUUUCAGAACUGCGCUCGAGCAGACGAAAUGAGAAAACCUUUGAAAAAAUUUCUAAUGCCAUGCGGGAGAGGGGACAUACCAGGGACUCGUUACAGUGCGGAGUGAAAGUGAAAGAGCUCAGACAGGCGUAUCAGAAGACCAAAGCAGCAAAGGGCAGGUCAGGCUCUGCCCCCAAAACAUGCCGGUUCUACGACGAGCUUAACGCAAUAUUGGGGAACAGCGCAACGACGAACCCCCCCUUGUCUGUUGAUUCAGAGGUGGGUGUCGUGAUUCCUGCAACUACGGAAGAUUUAUUUGAUGGCGAUGAUCAGUAUGAUGAGGACCAAGAGGAGGAGGCUCCAGCAGAGAGCACAGAGCAUUUUAUCCCCCCAAACAGCCAGGAUCUUUUCCUCACCCUUACUGAGGUUCCCUGCCAGCCAUCUCAAGGCAGUACUCCAGAAAAUGAAGCUGAGGGACCGUCCUCUGCUGCACAUUUCUCCAGCCUCCCUCUCGCUUCUCAUCUACGUGGGGGGGUAUCAUAA